UAAUAAAGAAAGGGGGUUGGGCUAACCUCCUGGUCGCUAUGGCAACGCGUAAACGGAAGCGCUGCAAGGUGCUCAAUGAAACCGCUCGCUCGGACGAAACUAAAAAUACAGCUGGUGUAAAAAAAUUUAAUAAAAUAAUCAUAAAAUAAUGUCAGAGCAGGAGCAUGAAGCAACCAUUCCUCCAGGAUCAGAGGAGAACCAAGAAGAACCGGGCACAACAGAGAACCAGGGAGAAGCAAGCGAUGAGGAGCACAAGGAUCAUGAAGAAUUACCAGGAUCAGAGGACCACGGCGAACCAGGGAAUGAGGACCAGACAUCACCGGGAGUAAGCACCUCCGAAGACCAAGGAGAAACGGGGAAGGAGGAGGAGACUUUAAUGGGAGUCGACAACACAGAAGAGAACCAAGGGGAACCAGGGAAUGAAGAUGAAACCUUACUCAGAAGAAACACCUCCGAGGACCAAGGGGAACCAGGAAAUGAGGAGGAACAAGACAACGAGUCCUUACCAGGAGUAAGCACCUCUGACGACCAAGCAGAACCAGGGAAUGAGGAUGAAACCUUAUCAGAAGUCAACACCUCAGUGGACCAAGAGGAACCGGGGACUGGAGAGGAUCAGGAGGAUGAGACCUUACCCGGAGUAAGCACCUCUGACGACCAAGCAGUACCAGGGAAUGAGGACGAAACCUUAUCAGAAGUCAACACCUCAGUGGACCAAGGGGAACCGGGGACUGGAGAGGAUCAGGAGGAUGAGACCUUACCAGGAGUAAAGACCUCGGAGGGACAACCAGGAGGCGAGGACGAGCAGGCUAGCUGCUCUAGAGCAGGGCAAGCGGCUCGGGACCAGCAGAGCCUCUCGGAACUCGGCGUCCAGCCGCACGGCACCGCCACCGUGGAGAUGACGUCAUCAGACCCCGACACUCACCCGCUGCGCACUCAUGCUGACUCAGAGCGCGAAGACAUGCAGAACGUCAUCAAUGUGAGCCUGCUAACAGAUGAUCUCGUUCCAGACGAUGGCGCUCCGCAGGACGCGCCAGGGGAGAGCGAGCAUCCCCACCUGCAGAAGCCCUUCCUGGGUGGCUACAGGCACAAGCUGACGGGCGCCGAGUACCACCACGCCGCCGCCCAGACCCCACGCAGGGCGAGACCCGGCCGAGGGGUGGACAUAGUCAGCCGAGACACACAGACUGCGGAACAGGUGCUUCAGACCCAGCAGUGCGCCUCCAGCGUCACCACGCAGAUGACCAGCGUGGGCUGCUACAUCUCCAACCUCAAGGACAAACUGCUCAGCCCGGGCCGCUACGUGACCGCAGACGAGUAUCACGACGCUAGGCUCAAUGCUGUGAUCCGCCUGCAGGCGCACACCCGUCGCUGGCUGAGCUGCCGGGCGGUGGAGCGGCUGAGGCGGGAGCGUGACCGUCGUCUGGCCUGGAUCGAUCUUCAGGAGCGCCGGAGGCACGAGGAGAGGGCGGAGCAGCUGCGAGACAGCCACGACCGCUGGAUGCAACCGCGGAAGAAGGAUGACCUCAACCUGCUCUACAACGCCCUGGAGAAGUGGAGGAGCGACAAGGAGCAUCAGAUCAACGCGACGCUGCGAGGGGCCGAGAGGAAAGCGGCCCUGUGCUCGCUGCUGGAGCAGGAGACGCAGUACAUCGCCACCAUCGGACGCCACGGCAUCGCCAUCAGGAGCGACAACUACAACAAAGCCGUCAGGAAGUUCCUGGACAAGUCGUCGACGCCUCACCAGUGGCGGGCGGCGGACGGUCGCCUGAUCGAGAUGGACACGCCCGACACCAUCCGGGCCAGACAGCUGGGAGAUCUGUACGACUGUGUGGCCAUGGCGCCCGUCAGCCGGGAGCAGAGGCUGGACAUCCUACUGUGCCUCGCCCAAAUUGUGGCGGUGCACCCGUGCCAGCUGACCCGGGACAUCGUGGAGCUGAUCAACAGGGAGGCGGACCUGAUAAGACGACAGGUGAAGGCGGCCAACCUGGAAGGUCUGAGGAAGAGACUGUCCACCCUCUUCCUGCAGUUCAUCCGCACGCCAGGAUUCAACCCUGAGGUGGCCAAGCACCUCAAGGUGCCCCAGAGCACUUCGCAGCUGAGGAACGACGUGUUCCUCUGCCACGGCUGCCAACGCUACCUGGGCUCGGCCCACUUCCGCUCGUCCACCCGCGCCCACCUGGGCCGCCGUUGCCUGGACUGCACCCGGCUGAAGAACAUCGCCGGCAGCCGAGACGACUUCUCCUGCUACAAGAACAUCCUGAAGAGGCUGAGGGACGGCGAGCUGCUCCUCAACAAGGACAACACCAUUCCCUUCAUGCUGCAGGUGGAGGACAUCCAGUACCUGGUGGAGGUGGUCUGGGGGGCCCGCUCGGCCCUCAGCGGCAGCGGCGACCUGUUCGGCCUGGUCCUGGUCCGCUGGGAGCGCCGCAAGGACUGGAGCCCCUGGAACUGCGUCCUGCUCAGCAAGGACGAGACGGACGCUCACCUCCAGGUGGAGGACUUGCUCAAGGUGUACGACCUUCCCGUGAUCCGCAGCGUCGAACACAAACACCUGCUGGCCCGCCGCCACUACAACCAGAUGCCCGCCAUGGUCACCGUCGCCAAGCGCGGGAGACGCGGCAAAUGAAAGCCCGCCACUUGUCGCUCAUCGCCACUUUUCCCGGCAGGCGUGUCUCAAUACUUUUGACCGUUCUGCUCUGCUAUGCUGUCACUCUGCCAGCCGGUGGCGCUACAUACAACAGAAAGUCAUUUGACGAACUAAUUCAGGGUUGACAAUUACCAUGGGUGGGAAAAUAUGACUUUAAUAGAAGUGCAACAAUUUUUUGACAACUAUUUUGAUAAUCGAGUCAUCGUUUUGAGACCUUUUUGAACUUAAAAUUGUCCACAUCCUCAGAAUUUCAGUCUCUCAACAGUCAAUAUUCCAUGAAAGCAGCCUGAUUAUCUUUGUGUUUAAUCAUAAGACGUUUGCAAACAUUUUUUUCAAACAGUUUUUACUUUGAAAAACAAUUAUCAACAUUUUUGCCAAUUUCUAACAAAUGUUACGAACCAAACUUUGAACUGAAUCAUACUUAAAUUAUGUUUGGGCAUUUUUUUUAUGUUGUGAAUUUGAAAUAAUGACCAGUUUUUUAUUAAAGGGAUGGGAACAUGUGUUUUCUUUAAAUUCAAUUCAUAGAUUAAUUGAAAAAAUUAUCACCAGAUUGAUUGAUUAUUAAAGUAUCAACAAGAACAGUAAGAGAAGUAUUUCGACGUAAAUUUCGACUAACGGUGAAAUCCGGCUUAUGCGGAAAUUCGGAAUAGGAACGGAAGUCGUUCGUAAAUCGAGGACUUCCUGUAUUGUUUUGCACUUGCAGACCACCGUAAUUUGUGGAUGUACGAUGGAAAAGAAAAGGAAAAAAAAAAAUCUAAUGUUGUCGUUUAUGACUAAUAUUUUCAGUUUACAUUUAUUGUAUCAAAUAUUUAUAUUUGAUUCAAAUGAGUUUAAUUGAUGACAAAUCUUAUUCAGGGAUGUCCAAACAUUUUCCAUUUGGGGUCACAUACAGAAAAAUAAAACACAUUGUGUUUAUUAAACAUAUUUAAAAUGUAUUUAAUAUGCUGUAAACCAACAGUUAAACAUUAAAAAAAGGUUAAAUCUCAAUUUGGUGGUAUUGGUCACAAAGCAAAACGUGAGUAGUAUCAGUGUGAUAUCUAAGAAUAACAAAAAAGAAAGUAAUCUAUUUCAACAUUUCCCAAAAUAAUUUUGGAAAAAAAUGGAGCAAUGUCUUGUACAAUUUAUUUAUUUAAUUCAUUAAGGCUCAGAGUGAAGUUCUUGCAUGUGUCAAGCAGACCAGGAGAAGCUCAUCCAUGCUUUUAUCUCAAGUAGACUUGACUAUUGUAAUGGUCUUCUGACUGGACUCCCUAAAAAGAGCCUUAAACAGCUGCAGCUCAUUCAGAAUGCUGCGGCUCGGGUUCUGACCAAAACAAAGAGGUCAGAGCAUAUUACUCCCGAUUCUGAAGUCUUUACACUGGCUUCCAGUCAGCUUUAGAAUAGAUUUUACCGUUCUGCUACUGGUCUAUACAUCACUAAACGGUUCAAGUCCUGAAUACGUAAAUGAAAUGCUAACGCAAUAUAAAGUCGGUAGGGCUCUGAGAUCGACAGACUCAGGAGUCUAACGCAAACACGGUGAAGCAGCAUUUAGCUAUUAUGCUGCACACAAAUGGAAGAAGUUGCCAAAAGAAGUCACGUCAGCCCCAAGUGUGCGUGUUUGGAAGUCCAGGUUAAAAACUCUUCUUUUCCCCAUGUUUUCUAGAGCAUUUCCACUUAAAUAUUUCUUGCACUGUACGCUGUUUUAACUGUAUUUGUAUUUUAUUUUUUCCUCUUUGUUUUAAAUGUUUAUA